AUGAAAGGUGCUGGUCCCCCGCUGCUUCUUUCCCUGCUGGUGGGACUCUGGUGUCUCUGGAACCCGGGUCUUGUGGAGCCCCAGUCCGUGUUGACGGACCAUGAAAUUGAGGAAUUCUUGAAAGGCUUCUUGGGAGAGGUGGAGGAGGACGUAGAAGGGCCAGAGGCGGAGAAAGUGGCUGUGGCUGCGGCACUUCCUGAGAAUCAAGGAAACCUGGAUCCUGCAGAAGGAGAGAAAGCCCCGACAGAGGUGGAAGAAGCACAGGAAAGAGUGACAGAGAAGCCCAAGAAAGGGAAGAAGGAGAAGCCACCUAAACCCACAAAAAAGCCGAAGGAGAGACCACCCAAGAGCUCCCCAAAGCCGAAGCCUCCCAAGGCCACCAAAAAGCCAAAGGUGAAGCGUCCCAAGGCCACCAAGAAACCUAAGGAGAAGCGUCCCAAGGCCACCAAGAAACCAGCAGCUGGAAAGAAGGCAGAAAGGCCUUCUCCUCCAGUUCCACCGGAAGAAGAGAGGUACCACUUUCCGGAAACACCACUGACCCCGCCUCCAACUGGAGAGGAAGAUGGCUAUGGGAUGCCCGAUCCACCCCAUUAUCUCUUUCCCUACGGACGAGAAGAUGACCUUUCCCGAGUCAAUGAAGAAGGGGGCGAAUCUCUCUAUCCUGAGAAGAUAAUUGAAAAACAAGAUCCUUCCAGGUUUCACACUGAUGUCUAUGAAUCUCCAACAGAGCCACAGGAGACCCCCACGGGUGACAAAGAUCAGGAAAGUCAGCCAGAAUUUCCUGUAGAACAAGAGCCGCCAACACUGGACUUCAAUGAACAGAUUGAGCGCGAGGACUACGAGGAUUACCAGUAUGUCCGGCGUGAGAAAAAACCCAAAAAACCACCACAAAGGAAACCUGAGAGACCCAGGCUGGAACCAGAGGAGAAACCAACAGAGAAGGUGGAGCAGCCUCCCACCCCUCCUUUGGAGAGUCACUAUGAUGGAGGGUUACAACUGCCAGAUUAUGAAGACGUGGAUUAUGGUCUGCCUCCGCAGGAGCCCAAAAGAUUCCCCAGCGAAACAGAUGAAGGUGAGAUUGAGACAGAUGAGGAGAAAUUCAAACCAAAGAAGCCUAAGAAAGGAGGAGGCAGUAGCAAGGAGGAAGAGGAGGGUGAGACAGAGGAGAGCAAAUGGACAGAGGAGAAAGGCAAGGACAAAGGGAAGCCAAAGAAAACAGGAGGGAAAAAAUGGGAAACCGAUGAAAAUGUGUGGACUCCAGAAGAGAAAAUCAAAUGCCCUCCCAUUGGGUUGGAAUCCCAUCGAAUUGAGGAUGACCAGAUCUUGUCUUCUUCCAUGCUACGGCAUGGUUUAGGAGCUCAGCGUGGACGUCUGAACAUGCAGGCUGGAUCCAAUGAGAAUGAUUACUUUGAUGGCGCAUGGUGCGCAGAGGAUGAAAGUAGCAUACAGUGGAUCCAGGUGGACACAAGACGAAUUACCAAGUUCACAGGAGUCAUCAUCCAAGGCCGGGAUUCUCUCCUCCAGGAGGACUUUGUCACCACUUUCUACGUUGGCUUCAGCAAUGAUAGCCAGAACUGGCUCAUGUACAGUAAUGGUUACGAAGAAAUGCUUUUUUAUGGAAAUGUUGACAAGGACACUCCUGUGAUGAGCGAAUUCCAAGAACCGAAGGUGGCUCGUUAUAUCCGGGUCUUUCCACUGACCUGGAACGGUAGCCUCUGUAUGAGACUGGAGGUUCUGGGCUGUCCCCUCUCCAGCAUCCACAGCUACUACAGUUUGCAAAAUGAAGUGAUGACAUCAGUGGACAACCUGGACUUUCGCCAUCACAACUACAAGGACAUGAGACAGCUUAUGAAGGUGGUGAAUGAAGAAUGUCCCACAAUCACCCGUAUCUACAAUAUUGGCAAAAGCUUUCGAGGACUUAAGAUCUACGCUAUGGAGAUAUCGGAUAAUCCAGGGGAGCAUGAACUGGGGGAGCCAGAAUUCCGCUACACUGCAGGCAUUCACGGCAACGAGGUGUUGGGUCGGGAGCUGCUGCUCAUGCUGAUGCAGUUUAUCUGCAAGGAGUUCAAGGACGGGAAUCCGCGCAUCCGGAACCUGGUGACAGAGACCCGCAUCCAUCUCGUCCCGUCACUCAAUCCCGAUGGCUAUGAGAUUGCCAGCCAAAUGGGCUCAGAACUGGGGAAUUGGGCUCUGGGACACUGGAAUGAAGAAGGCUUUGAUCUCUUUGAGAACUUCCCUGAUCUCAACAGCAUCCUCUGGGCUGCGGAAGAGAGAAAAUGGGUACCACACAGAGUCCCCAACCACCACAUGCCGAUUCCUGAUCACUACCUUGCAGAAGAUGCUGCAGUAAGUACACAGAUGGGGGAAGCCCUGAAUGAUUUCAGCUACCUACACUCCAACUGUCUGGAGCUCUCCAUCUACCCGGGGUGUGACAAAUUUCCCCAUGAAAGUGAACUACCACAGGAGUGGGAGAACAACAAGGAAUCCAUGCUGACUUUUAUGGAACAGGUACAUCGCGGUAUUAAGGGCACAGUGACAGAUCAACAAGGAGAUCCCAUCGCAAAUGUGUCCAUUUCUGUGAUGGGGAUCAAACAUGAUGUGCAUACAGCAAGUGGAGGAGAUUACUGGCGCAUCCUGAAUCCUGGCGAAUACCGCGUCACAGCCAAGGCUGAGGGCUACAAUCCAAAUGUCAAAACCUGCAGCGUCUUUUAUGACAUCGGAGCCACCCAGUGCAACUUCAUCUUGUCACGGUCCAACUGGAAACGCAUCCGAGAGAUCAUGGCCAUGAAUGGCAACCACCCUCUUGGGAGGCCCAUGCCGGGACGACCCAUGACCCCUAGGGAGCGCAUGCGCUGGAGGAUGAGGAUGCGCCAAAGAGCUCGCCUGCGCCAGAGGAUGCUCGAACGGCUGCGGAAAGCCAGCACAAACCUUCCCACCACCGUUCCUCCCAGUUCUGCGUUUCCCUUCUGGUUCAGCAGCACCACGCUCCCACCGUGGAGUCAAGAGCCUCCCAUAGCCGAGUCGGCCACUUCUUGGGAUGCCGAUGUCUACACCGAGACGGUGACGGAAUGGGAGACAGUAACGGAAGAAGUAACCGAGGUGGAGAUGACUGGCACUGCCUUUCCAAUGACCACAGCAGAGACGUACACAGUGAACUUUGGCGACUAGUACCAGUCUGUCAGCUUGUGAGGACUGCAGGCCAGGAACGCUCUAAAGACAUUCCUAAAGCCUACUCCGCCUCUUCUGGAGCAGGUAGUUGUAUCCGUUCACUGUAGUAGGUGGAGGCAUGUUCUCCUGGUUUUAGGACCCGCCAGGAACCCCCUUGCUUUAAACAGGCUCCAAGCGCCGUCACAUUUGCAUCAUUUAUUUUUCCCAACACAUACACACAUACAAACAACUUUUCUCUUUCUUCUUUGGAUAUAAAGGCUCAGCUUUCUUUUUAGGGUUGGCACACUAAACCUCUGCUGAAUGGGAAAUUGAGGUGAGCAAAUUGCACAUGUCAGACUGACUAUAGAAUAGGGAACAAGCUAAGAACAUAAUCUGGCUGAAUCUUUAACGUUCUAAUAUGUUAAUCUUUUUU